AUGGCUUUGAAGAGAAUCAACAAGGAACUCACAGACUUGGGCCGUGAUCCUCCCUCAUCAUGCUCUGCUGGUCCUAUAGGAGACGAUUUGUUCCACUGGCAAGCUACUAUCAUGGGUCCUUCUGACUCACCAUAUACCGGAGGUGUCUUCUUCCUCGCCAUUCAUUUCCCUACCGACUACCCAUUCAAGCCUCCCAAGGUCAGCUUCACAACUAGAAUCUAUCACCCAAACAUCAACUCGAACGGAAGCAUCUGUUUAGACAUUUUGAGAGAUCAAUGGUCCCCAGCUUUGACUAUCUCUAAAGUCCUUUUGUCUAUCUGCUCCAUGCUCACCGACCCCAACCCCGAUGACCCACUUGUUCCAGAGAUCGCACACGUUUACAAGACCGACCGAUCUAGAUAUGAGGCCACAGCCAGAGAAUGGACCCGAAAAUACGCCAUCUAA